UCACAACAAAGCUUCGAAACCAACCACUAAUUUCUCACCAACAAACAAAGCCGCAUAUUCCAAUCACAACCUCAACCGUCCAUUCCUAAUCCAAUGGCCCACAAUCAAACUACAGUCUAUUAACUAUUAACUCCCCAACUUCACUCUCACCGCGCCAGAUCCCAAUCCCACCACCAUGGCUUCCAUACCUCUCACCACCGCCACCACUCCAACCACCCUCCCAUACCUCCGCCUCCGUUCAUCUCCGCCACUUCGCCGACUCCAAAUCAACAACACUUUCAAAUCUCUCAAAUCAGUUCAUCACUCUUCCAUUUCGUCUUUCUCACCCCUCCCACUCUCUAACCUCAUCUCGAAACGCCACACUCUCACUGUUAAGGCUUCAUCAGCUUCCGUCACACCAGCUCCAGCUCCGGCUCCGGCUCCGGCUCAGCCAUGGCAAGGAGCCGCGAUAAAACCUCUCUUAGCAUCUAUAGCUACCGGAGUUAUACUCUGGUUCGUUCCCACUCCCGAAGGUGUAUCCCGAAACGCGUGGCAACUACUCGCGAUUUUCUUAGGAACUAUCGUCGGAAUCAUCACACAGCCGUUACCUCUCGGUGCCGUUGCCAUUUUGGGAUUAGGAGUUUCGGUUCUCACCAAAACCCUACCCUUCGUUGCUGCAUUCUCCGGUUUCGGUGAUCCAAUCCCAUGGCUGAUUUGUCUUGCGUUCUUCUUUGCUAAGGGUUUUAUCAAAACCGGACUAGGUAACCGUGUCGCUUAUCAGUUCGUUUCGCUUUUCGGUAGUUCUUCGUUAGGGUUAGGUUAUAGUUUGGUUUUCAGUGAAGCUUUAUUGGCUCCGGCGAUUCCUUCGGUUUCGGCGAGGGCUGGUGGAAUUUUUCUUCCAUUGGUUAAGUCUCUCUGUGUUGCUUGUGGAAGUAAUGUUGGUGAUGGGACGGAGAACAAGCUUGGGUCGUGGUUGAUGCUUACUUGUUUUCAGACUUCGUGUAUUUCGUCGGCGAUGUUUUUGACUGCAAUGGCGGCGAAUCCGUUAUGUGCUACUCUUACUUUGAAUUCGAUUAACCAGACAAUUGGGUGGUUGGAUUGGGCUAAAGCUGCUAUUGUGCCGGGUUUGGUGUCGUUGGUUUUGGUGCCGUUGAUUUUGUAUAUUAUAUAUCCUCCUACCAUGAAAUCUAGUCCUGAUGCACCCAAGCUUGCUAGGGAAAGGUUGGCGAAAAUGGGGCCAAUGUCGGGCAAUGAGAAAAUCAUGACUGCUACUCUAUUUCUUACGGUGGGACUUUGGGUUUUUGGAGGGCUUCUUAAUAUAGAUGCCGUAACUGCUGCUAUUCUUGGAUUAGCUGUGCUCCUCAUCACAGGGGUUGUAACAUGGAAAGAGUGCUUAGCCGAGGGUGUUGCCUGGGAUACUCUCACGUGGUUUGCUGCCCUCAUUGCAAUGGCCGGGUAUUUGAACAAAUAUGGUCUCAUCUCUUGGUUCAGUCAAACUGUAGUCAAGUUUGUUGGUGGAUUGGGUCUGUCGUGGCAACUAUCUUUUGGUAUUCUGGUUCUCCUAUAUUUCUACUCCCAUUACUUCUUUGCCAGUGGAGCUGCUCAUAUUGGUGCCAUGUUUACUGCAUUUUUGUCUGUUGCUACUGCUCUGGGGACUCCACCAUUCUUCGGAGCCAUGGUGUUGUCUUUCCUCUCCAACCUUAUGGGUGGCCUUACUCAUUAUGGGAUUGGGUCAGCUCCAGUGUUUUUCGGUGCCAACUAUGUCCCACUUGCCCAAUGGUGGGGUUACGGCUUUGUUAUUAGUAUUGUUAACAUUAUAAUCUGGCUUGGACUCGGUUCUAUUUGGUGGAAAGCCAUUGGCUUGUGGUAAGGGGUCUGAUAUAGAGUUUUGCCAAUACAGGUUAAGAUUUUUUCAUACAUCCAUGUACGCAUUCUUGUUAUUAUCAGCAAUUGAAGCAAAUUGCUAAUUUUUAACCGAUGCUUUCUAGAAAUAAUCUUGAGAAGGUUUUGUUGUAGAAUUAGACGGGAGCCUGGAUACCAAUGAUCGAGUUAGAUCUUGGGUAUACCAGUUACAUUAUUAUAUGAGAUGUAAACACAUCAAAUUAUUCAGGUUAUAUUGUCAUGACUGACAUGCUUCCAAUA